AUGGCAGAUGAAGAGGAGUAUGAGGAGGUGGUGGAGUACUACACGGAGGAGACAGUCUACGAAGAGGUGCCGGGUGAGACAAUAACAGAAAUCUAUGAAACUACGACGACAAAGACAAUAUCUGACUAUGAGCAAUCACAACCUUCGAAACCAGGGCUGGCCCUGCCAGAACCAGGAAAGCCGGCGGAGAGGAAGAAGGUUAUCAGGAAGAAAGUGGACUCUUCCAAGUUCAUGACUCCCUACAUUGCACACAGUCGGAAAAUGCAGGACCUAUUUAGCAUAAAUAAAUACAAGGAAAACUAUGAAAAGGGAAAAGGACAGCCAUCCACCAUCACAACCGAUACCCCAGAACAUCGCAGAAUCAAGAAAGUACAAGACCAACUCAGUGAGGUUAAAUAUCGAAUGGAUGGUGAUAUUGCUAAAACUAUCUGUCAUGUAGAUGAAAAAGCAAGGGACAUUGAACACGCAAAGAAAGUGUCGCAGCAAGUCAGUAAGGUUUUAUACAAGCAGAACUGGGAAGACAACAAGGAUAAGUACCUGCUUCCCCCUGAUGCCCCUGAACUUGUCCAUGCCAUUAAGAACACAGCCCUGUUCAGUAAGAAACUAUACACCGAAGAGUGGGAUGCAGACAAAAGUUUGUUUUACCCCUACAACGACAGCCCGGAGCUGAGGAGGGUUGCCCAAGCCCAGAAAGCUCUCAGUGAUAUUUCCUACAAAAAAGGUCACAUUGAACAGCAAACGCAUUUCACAUCUCUGGCGGAUCCUCCAGAUAUAGUAUUUGCCAAGAAAGUGAACGAUCAAGCGAGCAAGCUAAAAUACAAGCAAGACUAUGAAAACAAAGUCAAAGGCAAAUGGAGUGAGACACCUUGCUUUGAAAUUGCAGCCGCCAGGACAAAUGCUGAAAACUUCAGCACAAGGAAAUAUCAUGAAAAAUUUGAGAACAUGAAAGACCAGAUCUACUUCAUGCAGACGGAAACACCGGAGUACAAAAUGAAUAAACAAGCCGGGGUGGCAGCUAGCAAGGUAAAAUACAAAGAAAACUACGAAAAGGAUAAAGGAAAAGCAGAUUACAAUGUACUUCCUGCUUCAGAGAACCCACUGCUGAGGCAGAUGAUGGCAGCAGGAAAUACGCUAAGUGAUAAACGGUACAAGGAAAACUAUGAAAAAACAAAGGCAAGGAGCAUAAAUUACUGCGAGACGCCCAAAUUUCAGCUGGACUCGGUUCUCAAGAAAUUCAGCAGUGAUACUCAAUAUAGAGAUUCCUACUUAAAGAAUAUUUUGGGACAUUAUGUAGGCAGCUAUGAAGAUCCGUAUUAUGCACACUGCAUGAAAGUCACGGCUCAAAACAGUGAUAAAAACUACAGAGCAGAUUAUGAAGAGGACAGAGGCAAAGGCUUCUUCCCUCAGACCAUAACUCAGGAAUAUGAAACUAUGAAGAAACUGGAUCAGUGUAAGGAUCACACCUACAGAGUCCAUCCAGAUAAGACAAAAUUCACUCAAGUAACCGACUCGCCUGUUCAGCUGCAAGCCCAGAUCAAUGCCAAACAGCUGAGUGAUCUAAAUUACAAAGCGAAACAUGAAAGUGAAAAGUUCAAGUGCCAUAUACCUCCAGAUACCCCUGCCUUUAUCCAGCACAGAGUCAACGCUUAUAACCUGAGCGAUAAUGUUUAUAAGCACGACUGGGAGAAGACCAAAGCUAAGAAAUUUGACAUUAAAGUGGAUGCCAUCCCCCUGCUGGCAGCCAAAGCCAACAGCAAGAAUGCUAGUGAGGUGAUGUACAAGAAGGACUAUGAGAAGAACAGGGGCAAAAUGAUCGGAGCCCUCAGCAUUAAUGAUGACCCCAAGAUGCUGCACUCUUUGAAGACGGGCAAAAUGCAGAGCGAUAGAUUGUACAAGGAAAACUAUGAGAAGACAAAGGCAAAGAGCAUGAAUUACUGUGAGACCCCUAAGUACCAACUUGAUACACUGCUGAAGAGCUUCAGUGAGACUAAAUAUAAAGAUAAGUAUGUACAGAAUAUUCUGGGACAUUACAUAGGCAGUUUUGAAGACCCAUAUGAAACACACUGCAUGAAAGUUUCAGCACAGAACAGUGAGAAAAAUUACAAAGCAGAAUAUGAGGAAGAUAGAGGGAAAUGCUAUUUCCCUCAGACAAUCACACAAGAAUAUGAGGCAAUCAAGAAGCUAGACCAGUGUAAAGACCAUGCCUACAAACUUCAUCCAGAUAAGACCAAGUUCACAGCCGUCACUGAUACUCCGGUACUGCUGCAAGCCCAGCUCAACACGAAGCAGCUUAGUGAUCUGAAUUACAAAGCAAAACACGAAGGCGAGAAGUUUAAGUGCAACGUGCCAGCAGACGCUCCGCAGUUUAUCCAGCACAGAGUCAAUGCCUAUAACCUGAGUGACAAUGUUUAUAAGCACGACUGGGAGAAGACCAAAGCUAAGAAAUUUGACAUUAAAGUGGAUGCCAUCCCCCUGCUGGCAGCCAAAGCCAACAGCAAGAAUGCUAGUGAGGUGAUGUACAAGAAGGACUAUGAAAAGAACAGGGGCAAAAUGAUCGGAGCCCUCAGCAUUAAUGAUGACCCCAAGAUGCUGCACUCUUUGAAGACGGCGAAAAUGCAGAGUGAUCGUGAAUAUCAUAAAGACUACGAAAAGUCAAAAACGAUCUACACGGCACCUCUUGAUAUGCUCCAAGUCACUCAGGCUAAGAAAGCUCAGGCAAUUGCCAGUGACAUGGACUACAGGAAUGUCCCACACAGUUACAGCUACCCGCCCGAUAGCAUCAACCUGGACCUUGCCAAGAAGGCGUAUGCACUGCAGAGCGACGUCGAAUACAAAGCUGACUACAACAGCUGGAUGAAAGGCUGUGGCUGGGUGCCUUAUGGGUCCUUAGAAGUGGAAAAGGCAAAGAGAGCUUCAGACAUCCUGAAUGAGAAAAAAUAUCGACAACAUCCAGAUACUUUAAAGUUUACCUCGAUUGAAGAUGCUCCAAUUACAGUACAAUCUAAGAUUAACCAGGCCCAGAGGAGUGAUAUUGUCUACAAAGCCAAAGGAGAGGAAACGCUCCACAAAUACAGCCUGCCAGCGGACCUGCCCCAGUUCAUCCAGGCCAAAGUCAACGCCUACAACAUCAGUGAGAAUAUGUACAAAGCAGACUUGAAAGAUAUGAGCAAGAAGGGGUACGACCUGAGAACUGAUGCAAUUCCCAUCAAGGCUGCCAAGGCUGCCAGGCAGGCGGCGAGUGACGUUCAGUACAAAAAAGAUUAUGAAAAAGCCAAAGGGAAAAUGGUUGGCUUCCAAAGUCUCCAAGAUGAUCCUAAACUGGUUCAUUAUAUGAAUGUAGCCAAGAUACAAUCAGACCGGAUAUAUAAAAAUGACUAUGAGAAGACAAAGACGAAGUUCAACAUACCCCAUGAUAUGUUCAAUGUUGUGGCAGCUAAGAAAGCUCAGGAUAUUGUCAGCAAUACCAACUAUAAGCAUCCACUCCAUCAUUACACCUACCUGCCUGAUGCCAUGGACCUGGAGUUGUCUAAGAACAUGAUGCAAAUACAGAGCAAUAAUGUCUAUAAGGAAGACUACAACACCUGGAUGAAGGGCAUCGGCUGGAUACCCAUCGGGAGUCUGGAUGUGGAAAAGGUUAAAAAGGCGGGUGAUGCCCUGAGUGAAAAGAAAUACAGGCAGCAUCCAGACACCCUCAAAUUCACCAGCAUCGUGGACUCCCCAGUGAUGGUCCAGGCAAAACAGAACACACAGCAAGUCAGCGAUAUCUUAUACAAAGCUAAAGGAGAAGAUGUGAAACAUAAAUACACGAUGAGUGCUGAUCUUCCUCAGUUUCUACAGGCCAAGUGCAAUGCUUACAACAUAAGUGAUGUCUGUUACAAACGGGACUGGCAUGAUCUAAUAGCCAAGGGCAACAAUGUGCUGGGAGACGCUAUUCCCAUCACUGCAGCCAAAGCGUCAAGAAACAUUGCCAGUGAUUACAAAUACAAGGAAGCUUAUGAGAAGGCCAAGGGAAAGCAUGUGGGUUUUAGAAGCCUCCAGGAUGAUCCCAAGCUGGUCCAUUACAUGAACGUAGCCAAGCUGCAGUCCGAUCGUGAAUACAGGAAGAACUAUGAGAACACCAAAACCAGUUACCAUACCCCUGGGGACAUGGUUAGCAUCACAGCCGCAAAGAUGGCCCAGGAUGUUGUGACCAACGUCAAUUAUAAACAACCGAUCCAUCAUUACACAUACCUACCUGACGCCAUGAGUGUCCAGCACACCAGGAAUGCGAAUCAAAUUCAGAGUGAUAAUGUGUACAAGGACGACUAUAACACCUUCUUCAAGGGCAUUGGAUGGAUCCCUAUUGGUUCUCUGGAGGUGGAGAAGGCCAAGAAAGCCGGCGAGGCAUUAAAUGAGAGGAAGUAUCGACAGCACCCAGAUACCAUCAAAUUCACAAGCGUGCCUGAUUCCAUGGGCAUGGUUCUGGCUCAGCACAACACAAAGCAGCUGAGUGAUUUGAACUACAAGGUGGAGGGAGAGAAACUGAAGCACAAGUACACCAUAGACCCCGAAUUGCCACAGUUUAUUCAAGCCAAGGUCAACGCCCUCAACAUGAGCGAUGCUUAUUAUAAAGCAGACUGGAAGAAAACCCUCGCUAAAGGCUAUGAUUUGAGAACAGAUGCUAUUCCAAUUGUUGCUGCAAAAAGUUCAAGAAACAUUGCUAGUGAUUUCAAAUAUAAAGAGGCCCACGAGAAAGCCAAAGGCAAGCAGAUUGGAUUUCGUAGCCUUCAGGAUGAUCCUAAACUGGUUCACUACAUGAAUGUAGCCAAAAUGCAGUCAGAUCGUGAAUACAGAAAGGGCUACGAAGCCAGCAAGACCCGCUACCACACGCCCUUGGAUAUGUUCAGUGUGACGGCGGCCAAGAAAUCUCAGGAGGUUGCUACCAACACCAACUACAGACAACCCUACCACAACUACACUCUGCUGCCUGAUGCCAUGAACGUGGAGCAUUCUAAGAACGCGAUGCAGAUUCAAAGCGAUAAUCUAUACAAAUCCGACUUUACCAACUGGAUGAAAGGGAUUGGCUGGGUCCCGAUAGACUCCCUAGAAGUGGAGAAGGCAAAGAAAGCAGGAGAGAUUCUUAGCGAGAAGAAGUAUCGCCAGCACCCUGAGAAGCUGAAGUUCACGUACUCCAUGGACACAAUGGAGCAAGAACUUAACAAGAAUAACAAACUGACUAUGGAUAAGAGGCGCUACAUUGAGAAAUGGAACAAAGACAAGACCACCAUUCACGUCAUGCCCGAUACGCCAGACAUUCUGCUCUCCAAAAUGAACCAAAUCACCAUGAGUGAUAAACUGUACAAAGCUGGUUGGGAAGAAGAAAAGAAGAAAGGAUAUGACUUGAGGCCGGAUGCCAUCUCAAUAAAGGCUGCAAAGGCCUCUAGAGACAUUGCCAGUGAUUUCAAAUACAAGCAAGCCUAUGAACAAGGCAAAGGGAAGCACAUUGGCUUCCGGAGCCUGGAGGACGACCCCAAGUUGGUGCACUUCAUGCAGGUGGCCAAAAUGCAGUCAGACCGGGAAUACAGGAAGGGCUAUGAGAAAUCCAAGACCUCCUUCCACACGCCGGUGGACAUGUUCAGUGUGGUGGCAGCCAAGAAGUCUCAGGAAGUGGCCACCAACGCCAACUACAGGAACGUGAUCCACACCUACAACCUGCUUCCUGACGCCAUGAGCUUCGAAUUGGCCAAAAACAUGAUGCAGAUUCAAAGUGAUAAUCAAUACAAAGCCGACUUUGAUGACUUCGUGAAAGGCGUUGGCUGGCUCCCUCUGGGCUCCCUGGAGGCUGAGAAAAACAAGAAAGCCAUGGAGAUCAUCAGCGAAAAGAAGUACCGCCAACACCCGGACACUUUGAAGUAUUCCACAUUGAUGGACUCAAUGAACAUGGUUUUGGCUCAGAAUAAUGCCAAAAUUAUGAAUGAGCACCUCUACAAACAAGCAUGGGAGGCUGACAAGACCAAGGUCCACAUCAUGCCCGACAUCCCCCAGAUUGUUUUGGCAAAGGCAAAUGCAGUUAACAUGAGCGAUAAACUCUACAAACUUUCCAUGGAAGAGUCUAAAAAGAAAGGCUACGACCUCAGAACUGAUGCCAUUUCUAUCAAAGCUGCCAAGGCCUCAAGAGAUAUUGCAAGUGAUUAUAAAUAUAAAUAUAACUAUGAAAAGGAGAGGGGGAAAAUGGUUGGUUUCCGCAGUCUUGAGGACGAUCCCAAGUUAGUCCAUUCCAUGCAAGUGGCUAAGAUGCAAUCCGAUCGGGAGUACAAGAAAAACUAUGAGAAGACGAAGACCAGCUACCACACCCCUCCCAACAUGCUCAGUGUCAUGGCCGCCAAGGAUGCCCAAGCCAACAUCACCAACACCAACUACAAGCACCUGAUCCACAAGUACAUCCUCCUUCCAGAUGCCAUGCACAUCCAGCUGAGCAAGAAUAUGAAUCACAUACAGAGUGACAAUGAAUAUAAGCAGGACUACAACGAAUGGUACAAAGGGCUUGGCUGGAGUCCAGCUGGUUCCCUAGAAGUGGAGAAAGCCAAGAAAGCAACUGAGUAUGCCAGUGAUCAGAAAUACCGCCAGCACCCUAGCACUUUCCAGUUUAAGAAGCUGACUGACUCCAUGGACAUGGUUCUUGCCAAACAGAACGCGCUUACCAUGAACAAGCACUUAUACACUGUUGAUUGGAACAAAGAUAAAACCAAGAUUCAUUUGAUGCCCGAUACACCGGAUUUUUUACAAGCCAAGCAGAAUCAAGCAAUAUACAGUCAGAAACUCUAUAAACUUGGAUGGGAAGAAGCUCUGAAGAAAGGCUAUGAUCUCCCAGUUGAUGCAAUUUCUGUACAGCUGGCCAAAUCUUCGAGAGACAUUGCUAGUGAUUUUAAAUAUAAACAAGGCUACCGCAAGCAACUCGGCCACCAUAUUGGAUUCCGAAGUCUGCAAGAUGAUCCAAAGCUUGUGCUGUCCAUGAAUGUAGCCAAAAUGCAGAGUGACAGGGAGUACAAAAAGGACUUUGAGAAGUGGAAGACCAAGUACACCAGCCCAGUGGACAUGCUAGGGGUGGUGCUGGCCAAAAAGUGCCAGGCCUUGGUCAGCGAUGUGGACUACAAGAACUACCUGCACCAGUGGACGUGCCUGCCCGACCAGAAUGAUGUCAUCCAAGCUAAAAAAGUUUAUGAAAUACAGAGUGAGAAUCUGUAUAAGUCUGACCUGGAGUGGCUCAGAGGCAUAGGAUGGAGUCCCCUGGGUUCUUUGGAGGCAGAAAAGAACAAGCGGGCCUCAGAAAUCAUCAGUGAGAAGAAGUAUCGCCAGCCUGCUGACAAAAACAAGUUCACCAGCAUUCCUGAUGCCAUGGAUAUAGUUCUGGCAAAGGCCAAUGCCAAAAAUAGGAGUGAUAGACUUUAUAGAGAAGCUUGGGACAAGGACAAGACUCAAGUCCACAUCAUGCCGGAUACACCUGACAUUAUUCUGGCUAAAGCAAACUUAAUCAACACAAGUGAUAAACUCUACCGAAUGGGUUAUGAGGAGCUGAAGAAAAAAGGCUACGAUCUGCCACUUGAUGCCAUAUCAGUCAAAGCAGCAAAAGCAUCCCGAGAAAUUGCCAGUGAAUACAAGUACAAGGAAGGCUUUCGCAAGCAGCUCGGCCACCACAUUGGAGCCCGGGACAUCAAGGACGACCCCAAGAUGAUGUGGUCCAUGCAUGUGGCCAAGAUCCAGAGCGACAGGGAGUACAAGAAGGACUUUGAGAAGUCCAAGACCAGGUUCAGCAGCCCCGUGGACAUGCUGGGGGUGGUGCUGGCCAAGAAGUGCCAGACCUUGGUCAGCGACGUGGACUACAAGAACUACCUGCACCAGUGGACGUGCCUGCCCGACCAGAAUGACGUCAUCCAUGCUCGGCAGGCCUAUGAAAUCCAGAGCGAUAAUAUGUACAAGUCAGAUCUUCAGUGGAUGAGAGGCAUCGGCUGGGUUCCCAUUGGCUCUUUGGAUGUGGAAAAGUGCAAAAGGGCAACUGAAAUUUUGAGUGAUAAAAUCUAUCGCCAGCAUCCAGACCAGUUUAGAUUUACCAGUGUGACUGAUUCUCUGGAACAAGUGUUGGCCAAGAACAACGCCAUCACCAUGAACAAGCGUUUAUACACAGAAGCCUGGGACAAAGACAAGACCCAGAUCCACAUCAUGCCGGACACCCCAGAAAUUACGUUGGCAAGAAUGAACAAAAUCAACUACAGUGAGAGUCUGUAUAAACUCGCCAAUGAAGAGGCAAAGAAGAAAGGCUAUGACUUGCGAGUUGACGCCAUCCCAAUCGUGGCAGCCAAGGCCUCCAGAGACAUUGCCAGCGAUUACAAAUACAAAGAUGGUUACCGCAAGCAGCUGGGCCACCACAUUGGAGCCCGGGACAUCAAGGACGACCCCAAGAUGAUGUGGUCCAUGCAUGUGGCCAAGAUCCAGAGCGACAGGGAGUACAAGAAGGACUUUGAGAAGUCCAAGACCAGGUUCAGCAGCCCCGUGGACAUGCUGGGGGUGGUGCUGGCCAAGAAGUGCCAGACCUUGGUCAGCGACGUGGACUACAAGAACUACCUGCACCAGUGGACGUGCCUGCCCGACCAGAAUGACGUCAUCCACGCUCGGCAGGCCUAUGAAAUCCAGAGCGACAACAUGUACAAGUCAGAUCUCCAGUGGAUGAGAGGCAUUGGCUGGGUCCCCAUCGGGUCUCUGGAUGUGGUCAAGUGCAAGAGAGCCGCAGAGAUCCUGAGUGACAACCUCUACCGCCAGCCUCCAGACAAGCAGAAAUUCACCAGCGUGACUGACUCCCUGGAGCAGGUGCUGGCAAAGAACAAUGCCAUCACUAUGAACAAGCGUUUAUAUACAGAGGCCUGGGACAAAGACAAGACUCAAAUUCAUGUAAUGCCGGACACCCCGGAGAUCCUGUUGGCAAAGCAGAACCAACUCAACUACAGUGAGACUCUGUAUAAACUCGCCAAUGAAGAAGCAAAGAAGAAAGGCUACGACUUGCGAAGCGAUGCCAUCCCAAUUGUGGCAGCCAAGGCCUCCAGAGACAUCGUCAGCGAUUACAAAUACAAAGAUGGUUACCGCAAGCAGCUGGGCCACCACAUUGGAGCCCGGGACAUCAAGGACGACCCCAAGAUGAUGUGGUCCAUGCAUGUGGCCAAGAUCCAGAGCGACAGGGAGUACAAGAAGGACUUUGAGAAGUCCAAGACCAGGUUCAGCAGCCCCGUGGACAUGCUGGGGGUGGUGCUGGCCAAGAAGUGCCAGACCUUGGUCAGCGACGUGGACUACAAGAACUACCUGCACCAGUGGACAUGCCUGCCCGACCAGAACGACGUCAUCCACGCUCGGCAGGCCUAUGAAAUCCAGAGCGACAACAUGUACAAGUCAGAUCUCCAGUGGAUGAGAGGCAUUGGCUGGGUCCCCAUCGGGUCUCUGGAUGUGGUCAAGUGCAAGAGAGCCGCAGAGAUCCUGAGUGACAACCUCUACCGCCAGCCUCCAGACAAGCAGAAAUUCACCAGUGUGACUGACUCCCUGGAGCAGGUGCUGGCAAAAAACAAUGCCAUCACCAUGAACAAGCGCUUAUACACAGAAGCCUGGGACAAAGACAAGACCCAAAUCCAUAUCAUGCCUGAUACACCUGAAAUUAUGUUGGCAAGACAAAAUAAAAUAAAUUAUAGUGAGAGCCUCUAUCGCCAGGCCAUGGAAGAAGCCAAGAAAGAAGGCUAUGACUUGAGAAGUGACGCCAUUUCUAUUGUAGCUGCCAAGGCCUCCAGGGACAUCGCCAGUGAUUACAAAUAUAAAGAAGCUUAUCGUAAGCAACUGGGUCACCACAUUGGUGCCCGAGCAAUCCAUGACGACCCCAAGAUGAUGUGGUCCCUACACAUUGCCAAAGUGCUGAGCAGCCGCGAGUACAAGAAAGAAUUUGAGAAGUACAAGACCAGAUACAGCAGCCCGGUGGACAUGCUUGGCAUCGUUUUGGCCAAGAAAUGUCAGACCUUGGUCAGUGAUGUGGACUAUAAACAUCUCCUCCAUGAGUGGACGUGCCUGCCCGACCAGAAUGACGUCAUUCACGCUCGGAAAGCUUAUGACCUCCAGAGCGAUAAUUUGUAUAAGGCAGACCUUGAAUGGAUGAGAGGCAUUGGCUGGGUUCCAAUUGGCUCCUUGGAAGUUGUUAAAGCCAAAAGGGCCACAGAGAUACUGAGUGAUACUAUCUACCGUCAGCGUCCAGAUACCCUGAAAUUUACCAGCAUCACUGACACCCUGGAGCAGGUGCUGGCAAAGAGCAAUGCUAUAAACAUGAAUAAGCGCUUAUAUACUGAAGCCUGGGACAAGGAUAAGAAAACAAUUCAUGUCAUGCCUGACACUCCAGAAAUCAUGCUAGCCAAGCUUAACAGAAUAAACUACAGUGAUAAACUCUAUAAACUUGCUUUGGAAGAGUCCAGGAAGGAAGGCUAUGACUUGCGUGUGGACGCCAUUCCAAUCCAGGCAGCCAAGGCUUCAAGAGAUAUUGCCAGUGAUUACAAAUACAAGGAAGGCUAUCGUAAACAGCUCGGCCACCACAUUGGAGCCCGGAACAUCAAAGAUGACCCCAAGAUGAUGUGGUCCAUGCAUGUGGCCAAGAUCCAGAGCGACAGGGAGUACAAGAAGGACUUUGAGAAGUCCAAGACCAGGUUCAGCAGCCCCGUGGACAUGCUGGGGGUGGUGCUGGCCAAGAAGUGCCAGAUCCUUGUAAGCGACAUAGACUACAAGCAUCCCCUGCAUGAGUGGACCUGUCUGCCCGACCAGAACGAUGUCAUUCAGGCUCGGAAGGCCUAUGACCUUCAGAGUGAUGCUAUUUACAAGGCUGAUCUUGAGUGGCUGCGAGGCAUUGGAUGGGUGCCUAUUGGCUCUGUAGAGGUCGAAAAGGUGAAGAGAGCUGGAGAAAUCCUGAGUGACAGGAAGUACCGCCUGCCAGCAGAUAAGCUCAAAUUCACAUGCAUUACAGAUACCCCAGAAAUUGUCCUGGCAAAGAGCAAUGCCCUGACAAUGAGCAAGCAUUUAUAUACAGAAGCUUGGGAUGCUGACAAAACUUCCAUCCAUGUGAUGCCAGACACCCCGGAAAUCUUGCUGGCCAAGAGCAAUUCUGUCAAUAUCAGCCAAAAACUUUACACCAAGGGCUGGGAUGAAUCAAAGAUGAAGGACUAUGACCUGAGAGCUGAUGCUAUUUCCAUCAAAAGCGCCAAGGCCUCCAGGGAUAUUGCCAGUGACUACAAAUACAAAGAAGCAUAUGAAAAACAGAAAGGCCACCACAUUGGAGCCCAGAGCAUUGAAGAUGACCCCAAAAUUAUGUGCGCCAUAAAUGCAGGGAAGAUUCAAAGUGAAAGAGAGUACAAGAAGGACUUUGAAAAAUUCAAGACCAAGUUCAGUUCCCCAGUGGAUAUGUUAGGCAUCUUACUGGCCAAGAAAUGUCAGACCCUGGUCAGUGACAUUGACUACCGGAAUAUCCUGCAUCACUGGACAUGCUUACCUGAUCAAAACGACAUUAUCCAAGCCAAGAGGGCCUAUGAGCUGCAGAGUGAUAGUGUGUAUAAGGCAGACCUGGAGUGGCUGCGUGGCAUCGGCUGGAUGCCAGAAGGCUCGGUAGAAAUGACCAGGGUGAAAGGUGCUCAAGACCUGGUGAAUGAGAGACUCUAUCGGACACGUCCAGAGGCCUUGAAAUUCACUUGCAUUACUGACACUCCGGAGGUUGUCCUGGCAAAAGCCAAUUCUCUGCAAAUUAGUGAGAAACUGUAUCAAGAGGCCUGGAAUAAAGACAAAACCAACAUCAGCAUUCCUUCCGACACUCCAGUUAUGCUGCAGGCCCAACUCAAUGCCUUGCAAAUCAGCAAUAAACUCUACCAGAAAGACUGGAAUGAGGCCAAGCAGAAAGGCUAUGACAUAAGAGCAGAUGCCAUUGAGAUCAAGCAUGCCAAAGCCUCUAGGGAAAUCGCCAGUGAGUACAAAUACAAAGAAGGUUACCGAAAGCAACUGGGCCACCACGUGGGUUUCCGCAGCCUACAAGACGACCCCAAAUUGGUAUGGUCUAUCCAUGCUGCCAAGAUCCAGAGUGACCGCGAGUAUAGGAAAGCUUAUGAGAAGUCUAAAGGAAUUUACAAUACGCCCUUGGACAUGAUGUCGAUUGUUCAAGCCAAGAAAUGCCAGGUCCUGGUCAGCGACGUGGAUUAUCGCAAUUAUCUGCACCAGUGGACAUGCCUGCCAGAUCAGAAUGAUGUGAUCCAGGCCAAGAAAGCCUACGAACUGCAGAGCGAUAACGUGUACAAAUCAGACCUGGAAUGGUUGAAGGGUAUCGGAUGGUUGACAGAGGGUUCUGUGGACGUGGUGAGAGUGAAGAAUGCCCAAGAUCUCCUCAAUGAAAAGCUGUAUCGUACAAAGCCUGAGAGCCUCAAAUUCACCAGCAUUGUUGAUACGCCUGAAGUCGUUCUGGCAAAGACAAAUGCUCUACAGAUCAGCGAGCCAUUGUAUCGUGAAGCCUGGGACAAAGAGAAGACUAAUGUGAAUGUGCCAGCCGACACUCCAGCGAUGCUGCAGUCCAAGAUCAAUGCCCUGCAGAUCAGCAAUAAACACUACCAGCAAGCUUGGGAAGAUGUCAAGAUGACCGGCUAUGACCUGCGAGCAGAUGCCAUUGGGAUCCAGCAUGCCAAGGCUUCCAGGGAUAUUGCCAGCGAUUAUCUAUAUAAGAAUGCUUAUGAGAAACAGAAAGGCCACUACAUUGGAUGUGGCAAUGCCAAGGAAGACCCUAAACUGGUUUGGGCAGCAAAUGUAUUAAAGAUGCAGAAUGACAGGCUGUACAAAAAGGCCUACAACGACCACAAGGCUAAGAUCUCCAUCCCGGGGGACAUGGUGUCCAUCAGCGCUGCCAAAGAAGGCCAGGCAUUAGCAAGCAACGUGGACUAUCGCCAGUACCUGCACCAGUGGUCUUGCUUUCCUGACCAGAACGAUGUGAUCCACGCCAGGAACGCAUAUGACCUGCAGAGUGAUGUUAUCUACAAGGCUGACUUGGAGUGGUUGCGUGGCAUUGGCUGGAUGCCGGAUGGGUCUCCCGAAGUACUGAGAGUCAAAAAUGCCCAGGAGAUCCUACGAGACAGUGUCUACCGGACACCUGUGGUGAAUCUCAAGUACACAAGCAUCGUCGACACACCGGAAGUUGUUCUUGCUAAGUCAAAUGCUGAAAAUAUUAGUAUUCCAAAAUACAGAGAAGUUUGGGACAAGGAUAAAACUUCGAUCCACAUAAUGCCAGAUACUCCAGAAAUUAAUCUCGCCAGAGCCAAUGCGCUCAAUGUGAGCAAUAAAAUUUACCGCGAGGGCUGGGACGAAAUGAAGAUGAGCUGCGACGUGCGGCUGGAUGCCAUCCCUAUCCAGUCUGCCAAGGCUUCCAGGGAGAUCGCCAGUGAUUAUAAAUACAAGCUUGACCACGAGAAGCAGAAGGGCCACUACGUGGGCACCCUCACCGCCAGGGACGACAACAGGAUCCGGUGGGCCCUCAUAGCUGGCAAGCUUCAGAAUGAACGGGAGUAUCGGCUGAGCUGGGCCAAAUGGAAGACUAAGUUCCAAAGCCCUGUGGAUAUGCUUUCCAUCUUGCAUUCUAAAAACUGCCAGACUCUGGUCAGCGACAUUGACUACCGCCAACGCCUGCACCAGUGGACAUGCCUGCCCGACCAGAACGAUGUGAUUCAGGCCAAAAAGGCCUACGAACUGCAGAGCGAUGCUGUUUACAAGGCCGACUUGGAAUGGUUGCGUGGGAUCGGGUGGAUGCCCAAUGACUCCGUUUCUGUCAAUCACGCCAAAUAUGCCGGGGAUAUCUUCAGUGAGAAUAAGUAUCGCACAAAAAUCGAAAGUCUGAACUUUACUCCUGUGGAUGACAGAGUGGAUUAUGUGACAGCGAAACAAAGUGGUGAAAUCCUAAACGACAUUAAAUACCGGAAAGAUUGGAAUGACACCAAAUCAAAAUACACCCUCACAGAAACCCCCCUGCUGCACACUGCCCAGGAGGCAGCCCGGAUACUGGACCAGUACCUCUACAAGGAAGGCUGGGAGAAACAGAAAGCCACGGGCUACAUUUUGCCUCCGGAUGCUGUGCCGUUUGUUCACGCCCAUCAUUCUAGUGAUGUUCAGAGCGAGCUGAAAUACAAAGCUGAGCAUGUAAAGCAAAAAGGUCAUUAUGUUGGUGUGCCGACCAUGAGGGAUGACCCUCACCUAGUGUGGUUUGAGCAUGCGGGCCAGAUUCAGAAUGAUCGACUGUACAAAGAGGACUAUCAUAAAACAAAGGCCAAGAUAAACAUACCUGCUGACACGGUGUCGGUGUUGGCCGCCAAGCAAGGGCAGACCCUCAUCAGUGAUAUCGAUUACCGUAAUUACCUGCACCAAUGGACAUGUCUUCCUGACCAAAAUGAUGUGAUUCAGGCCAAGAAGGCCUAUGAACUACAGAGCGAUAAUAUCUACAAAGCCGACCUGGAAUGGCUCCGAGGCAUUGGCUGGAUCCCCCUGGAUUCAGUGGAACAUGUGAGGGUUACUAAUAACCAAGAAAUGGUGAACCAGGUGAAAUAUAAGAAGGCUGCUCUUGACAACUAUCCUAAUUUUACAAGCGUGGAAGAUACUCCAGAGAUUGUUUUGGCCAAGUUUAACUCAGUUAAUCAAAGUGAUAUAAAAUAUAAAGAAACAUUUAAUAAAUUAAUAAAGGGAAAGUAUAUAUUUUCUCCGGAGACACCAUAUAUCACCCACUCCAAAGACAUGGGAAAACUCUACAGUACCAUACUGUAUAAAGGGGCCUGGGAGGGAACCAAGGCCUACGGCUAUACCUUGGAUGAACGCUACAUCCCCAUUGUCGGAGCCAAGCACGCUGACUAUGUGAACAGUGAGCUUAAAUACAAAGAGACGUUUGAGAAGCAGAAGGGCCACUACCUGGCUGGAAAAGAAAUCAGUGAGUUCCCCAGUGUGGUUCACUGCCUGGAUUUCCAGAAGAUGAGGAGUGCGUUGAACUACAGAAAACAUUAUGAGGACACCAAAGCGAAUGUUCACAUCCCCAAUGAUAUGAUGAACCACGUGCUGGCCAAAAAGUGCCAGUACAUCCUCAGCGACCUCGAGUACCGCCACUACUUCCACCAGUGGACGUCUCUCCCAGAAGAACCCAGUGUUGUACUGGCCCGGAACGCACAGGAGAUCCUGAGUGAUAAUGUGUAUAAAGAUGACUUGAAUUGGCUGAAAGGCAUUGGAUGCUAUGUCUGGGAUACACCCCAGAUCCUCCAAGCCAAGAAGUCGUAUGACCUUCAGAGUCAGAUACAAUACUCGGCAGCAAGUAAAGACAAUCUACAGAAUUAUAGCCUGGUCACAGACACACCAGUUUACGUGACUGCUGUUCAGAGCGGCAUCAAUGCCAGUGAGGUGAGAUAUAAAGAAAAUUAUCAUCAGACUAAGGACAAGUAUACGACAAUACUGGACACAGUGGAUUAUGACAGGACCAAGAAUCUCAAGGAUCUUUAUAGCAGUAACCUGUACAAGGAGGCCUGGGAAAAGGUGAAAGCCACCAGCUACAUCCUGCCUUCCACCACCAUGUCCCUGACACACGCCAAGAACCAGAAGGACCUGUCCAGCAAUAUCAAAUACCGGGAAGAAUAUGAAAAGUUCAAAGCUCUUUAUACCUUACCAAGAAGUGUUGAUGAUGACCCAAAUACAGCGCGAUGCCUCAAAGUUGGCAAAUAUAACAUUGAUCGCCUGUACAAGUCCGUUUAUGAAAAGAACAAGAUGAAAAUCAACAUUGUGCCCGACAUGGUAGAGUUGGUUACUGCUAAGGAUUCUCAGAAGAAAGUCAGUGAAAUUGAUUACCGCCUACACCUCCAUGAGUGGAUUUGCCAUCCCGACUUGCAAGUCAACAGUCAUGUCAGGAAAGUCACAGAUCAGAUCAGCGACAUUGUGUACAAGGAUGACCUCAACUGGUUGAAAGGCAUUGGUUGCUAUGUCUGGGACACUCCUGAAAUUCUCCACGCCAAGCACGCUUAUGACCUGCGCAAUGAUAUCAAGUACCAAGCUCACGUGAAGAAGACAAGGAAUGACUACAACUUGGUCAUGGAUACACCAGUCUACGUCCAGGCUGUCCAAAGCAGGAAACAAAUAAGUGACGCUGUCUACCACUACGACUACGUGCACAGUGUCCGAGGCAAAGUGGCUCCAACUACAAAAACCGUGGAUCUGGACCGGGCUCUUCAUGCAUACAAGCUCCAGAGUGAGAAUCUGUACCGAGAUGCGGGCAAGCGCUCCCUGGCUACUGGAUACAGGCUUCCGGUCGACACUCCGCACUUCAAACACUCCAAGGACACCCAGUACAUGAGCAGUUAUUUCAAGUACAAGGAAGUUUAUGAACACCUCAAGGCAAAUGGGUAUACACUUGGCCCCAAUGAUGUUCCGUUUGUCAAUGUCCGGAGGGUCAACAAUGUUACCAGCGAGAGGCUGUAUCGACAACUGUACCACAAACUCAAAGAUAAGAUCCACACAACCCCCGACACACCUGAGCUCCGCCAGGUCAGGAAGACACAGGAGGCUGUCAGUGAGCUGAUCUACAAAUCAGACUUCUUCAAGAUGCAGGGUCACAUGAUCUCGCUGCCAUACACACCCCAAGUGCUCCAUUGCCGUUACGUGGGAGACAUCACCAGUGACAUUAAAUACAAAGAGGACUUGCAGAUUCUGAAGGGAAUUGGCUGCUUCCUGAUGGACACUCCUGACAUGGUCCGCUCCCGGCACCUGCGGAAGCUCUGGUCUAAUUACCUGUACACUGAUAAUGCAAGGAAGAUGCGAGACAAAUACAAAGUGGUGCUUGACACUCCAGAAUACAGAACAGUGCAAGAACUGAAGACACAUCUGAGUGAGCUGGUGUACAGAGCUAAAGGCAAGAAGCAGAAGUCAAUCUUCACUUCGAUUCCUGAUACACCUGAUCUUCUAAGAGCCAAGCAAGGGCAGAAGCUUCAGAGUCAGUAUCUAUAUGUUGAACUUGCCACCAAAGAGAGACCCCAUCACCACGCUGGAAACCAGACCACAGCCUUGAAGCAUGCCAAAGACGUGAAGGACCUGGUCAGCGAGAACAAGUACAAGACUCAGUAUGAAAAGAUGAAGGACAAGUACACCCCAAUUCCAGACACACCAGUCCUCAUCAGAGCCAAGAAGGCUUACUGGAACGCCAGUGAUCUACGCUACAAAGAAACAUUUGAAAAGACCAAAGGGAAAUACCACACUGUGAAGGAUGCUCUGGACAUUGUGUACCAUCGCAGAGUAACAGAUGACAUCAGUAAAGUGAAAUACAAGGAGAACUACAUGAGCCAGCUGGGAAUCUGGAGGUCCAUUCCUGAUAGCCCAGAGCAGUUCCAUCACCGGGCAGUUGCUGAUGCAGUCAGUGAUGUAAAAUACAAAGAAGAUCUGACCUGGCUUAAAGGAAUUGGUUGCUAUGCCUAUGAUACCCCCGACUUCACUCUGGCUGGACAGAACAAGACUCUCUACAGCAAGUACAAGUAUAAGGAGAUAUUUGAAAGGACAAAGUCACAUUUCAAGUAUGAAAACGAUUGUCCAAUCAAUAGGCAUUUCAAGUAUGCAACUCAGUUGGCGAAUGAGAGAAAAUAUAAAUCUAGUGCCAAGAUGCUUCUGAAGCGAGGAUGUAAUGAAAUUCUGCGUCCAGAUAUGUUGACUGCCCUCUACAACUCAUACAUGUGGAGCCAGAUCAAGUACAGGAAAAAGUAUGAAAAAACUAAGGACAAAUUUACCUCAAUUGUGGAUACUCCGGAACACCUGCGUACUACAAAAGUCAACAAACAAAUCAGUGAUAUACUUUACAAAUUGGAAUACAACAAGGCCAAGCCCAGAGGCUACACCACAAUCCACGACACGCCCAUGCUGCUGCAUGUCCGGAAGGUCAAAGAUGAAGUCAGUGAUCUGAAAUACAAAGAAGUUUACCAAAGAAACAAGUCCAACUGCACCAUUAAGCCGGAUGCUGUUCACAUCAAAGCAGCCAAGGACGCCUACAAAGUCAACACCAACCUGGACUACAAGAAGCUGUAUGAAGCCAACAAAGCCCACUGGAGGUGGAUCCCUGACCGACCCGACUUCCUCCAGGCCGCCAAGUCCUCCCUGCAGCAAAGCGAUUUUGAAUACAAGCUGGACCGAGAGUUCCUCAAGGGUUGUAAGCUGUCCGUCACCGAUGACAAAGACAUGGUGCUGGCCCUGAGGAAUUCCUUAAUAGAGAGCGACCUGAAAUACAAAGAGAAACACGUCAAGGAAAGAGGGAGCUGCCACGCCGUGCCCGACACGCCUCAGAUCCUCCUGGCAAAGGCUGUCAGCAACCUGGUGUCCGAGAACAAGUAUAAGGACUACGUGAAGAAGCACUUGGCCCAGGGCUCAUACACGACGCUGCCGGAGACCCCGAACACUAUUCGCGUCAAGGAAGUGACCAAGCAUGUCAGCGACACAAAUUACAAAAAGAAGUUUGUCAAGGAGAAAGGGAAAUCCAACUACUCCAUUAUGCUGGAGCCCCCAGAUGUGAAACAUGCUAUGGAAGUGGCCAAGAAGCAGAGUGAUGUCGCUUACAGAAAAGAUGCCAAAGAAAACUUGCACUACACUACAGUGGCUGAUCGGCCUGACAUCAAGAAGGCCACACAGGCAGCCAAGCAGGCCAGCGAGGUGGAGUACAGAGCCAAGCACCGGAAGGAGGGCAGCCAUGGGUUAAGCAUGCUAGGUCGCCCAGACAUUGAAAUGGCCAAAAAGGCAGCCAAGCUGAGCAGCCAGGUUAAAUACCGAGAAAAUUUUGACAAAGAGAAGGGCAAGACGCCAAAAUACAACCCCAAAGACAGCCAGCUCUACAAAGUCAUGAAAGAUGCUAACAAUCUCGCAAGUGAGGUUAAAUACAAGGCUGACCUCAAGAAACUUCACAAACCUGUGACUGACAUGAAGGAAUCUCUGAUAAUGAAUCAUGUGUUGAAUACCAGCCAACUCGCCAGUUCUUACCAGUACAAGAAGAAGUAUGAGAAGAGCAAAGGCCACUAUCACACCAUCCCCGACAACCUGGAGCAGCUGCACCUAAAGGAGGCCACGGAACUGCAGAGCAUUGUGAAAUACAAAGAAAAGUAUGAAAAGGAACGAGGAAAACCCAUGUUGGACUUUGAAACACCAACGUACAUCACCGCCAAGGAGUCUCAGCAGAUGCAGAGCGGGAAAGAAUAUAGGAAAGAAUAUGAUGAGUCCAUUAAAGGCAGAAACCUGACUGGCCUGGAGGUCACGCCAGCUUCAUUACAUGCCAAAUAUGCAACCAAAAUAAUCAGUGAGAAAGAGUACAGGAGAGAUUUAGAGGAAAGCAUCCGUGGGAAGGGUCUUCAUGAAAUGGAAGAUACUCCUGACAUGCUAAGAGCAAAGAACGCCACUCAGAUCCUCAAUGAGAAAGAAUAUAAGAGAGACCUGGAGCUGGGAGUCAAAGGAAAAGGCCUGAACGCCAUGGCCAAUGAGACUCCUGACUUCAUGAGGGCCAAGAACGCUACUGAUAUUGCCAGUCAGAUUAAGUACAAGCAUUCAGCAGAAAUGGAAAAAGCCAAUUUCACUUCUGUGGUUGAUACACCUGAGAUCAUUCAUGCCCAACAAGUCAAAAACCUUUCCAGCCAGAAAAAGUACAAGGAAGAUGCAGAGAAGGGCAUGUCCUCUUAUGAAACGGUUUUGGACACCCCGGAGAUGCAGAGAGUUCGAGAGAACCAAAAGAACUUCAGCCUUCUCCAAUACCAGUGUGACCUUAAAAAUAGCAAGGGAAAAAUUACAGUUGUUCAAGACACCCCAGAAAUACUGCGUGUGAAAGAAAAUCAAAAGAAUUUCAGCUCGGUUUUAUACAAAGAGGACCUCUCACCAGGAACAGCGAUUGGAAAGACACCCGAGAUGAUGAGAGUGAAGCAAACACAGGACCACAUUAGCUCGGUGAAGUAUAAGGAAGCAAUUGGACAAGGAACCCCGAUCCCUGACCUGCCGGAAGUGAAACGUGUCAAGGAGACGCAGAAGCACAUUAGCUCGGUUAUGUACAAAGAAAACUUGGGAACAGGCAUUCCAACCUCUGUCACUCCAGAGAUUGAGAGAGUCAAACGCAAUCAAGAGAACUUUAGCUCGGUUUUGUACAAAGAAAAUUUGGGGACAGGAACCCCAACACCUAUCACUCCAGAGAUGGAGAGAGUCAAACGCAAUCAAGAGAACGUUAGCUCGAUUUUGUACAAAGAGAAUUUGAACAAGGGGACCCCCAUACCUGUCACUCCUGAGAUGGAGAGAGUCAAACGCAAUCAAGAAAACUUUAGCUCGGUUUUGUACAAAGAAAAUAUGGGGAAAGCCACCCCAACCCCUGUCACUCCAGAGAUGCAGAGAGUCAAACGCAAUCAAGAGAACAUUAGCUCGGUGCUAUACAAAGACAACCUGGGGAAAGCGACCCCCACACCUUUCACUCCUGAGAUGGAAAGAGUCAAACGCAAUCAAGAAAACUUUAGCUCGGUAUUGUACAAAGAAAACAUGAGAAAAGCAACUCCGACACCUGUCACUCCAGAGAUGGAGAGAGCUAAGCGCAACCAAGAAAACAUUAGCUCGGUUCUUUAUUCGGAUAGCUUCCGGAAACAAAUACAAGGCAAAGCUGCCUAUGUCUUGGACACCCCAGAGAUGAGACGGGUGAGAGAGACCCAACGCCACAUCUCAACCGUGAAAUACCAUGAAGACUUCGAGAAGCACAAGGGCUGCUUCACGCCGGUGGUGACAGACCCUAUCACUGAACGAGUGAAGAAGAACACGCAGGACUUCAGCGACAUUAACUACAGAGGGAUUCAGAGGAAAGUGGUGCAAAUGGAACAGAAACGGAAUGACCAGGAUCAGGAGACUAUCACAGGUUUACGUGUCUGGCGAACUAAUCCUGGCUCAGUUUUUGACUAUGACCCAGCAGAAGACAACAUUCAGUCCCGAAGCUUACACAUGAUUAAUGCCCAAGCUCAGCGCCGGAGCCGGGAACAGUCGCGAUCAGCCAGUGCUCUGAGCAUCAGUGGCGGCGAGGAGAAGUCUGAGCACUCAGAAGGUGCCCACCUGUCCACCUAUAGCAAUGGUGGCAUCUUCUUCUCCGCAACCUCAACAGCUUACAAACACGCAAAAACCACAGAGCUCCCACAACAGCGAUCAUCUUCAGUUGCCACCCAACAGACAACGGUAUCCUCUAUCCCAUCUCACCCAUCUACAGCUGGAAAAAUCUUCCGCGCCAUGUACGACUACAUGGCUGCUGAUGCUGAUGAGGUGUCCUUCAAGGAUGGAGAUGCUAUAGUGAAUGUUCAAGCCAUCGAUGAAGGUUGGAUGUAUGGCACUGUGCAGAGGACCGGCAGGACCGGCAUGCUCCCAGCCAACUAUGUUGAAGCUAUUUAG